AUGGCCGACAAGGCUUACACCGAGGGCUUGACCCAAGUCUCAACCGUCGCAGGGGAAGUCCCCUCAGACACCACGAUGGUCUCCGGCUCGAGCAGCGACAGUGACACCUCAACAGAGGGCCAAUGGGGAGAGCGGGGCACAGAGCCUGUCUCUCGCCGCGGGGCCAUGGAGGACUACGAAGAGAUGCGCAGGGAAUUGACCAGACUGAGUCUGCAACGAACGAAAUCAACCACCAAGGAUGCCCACCGGAUGCGAUCCCGGGCGAGCCAGCCCCACGACCCCGAAAUGGCAGAGGAGGAUCUCGAAAAAGAGGAAGACGAGUUUGGCAGCUUCGAUCUUACUGACUUUCUAAUGGGUGGCCAUCUUGAGCGCCGGACGACUGCAGGGGAUCCUGCGAAGAAGGUCGGGGUUGUUUUCAAGAACCUCACUGUCAAGGGUGUACAGACCGGUGCCUCAUUCGUUCGGUCUCUUCCUGAUGCCGUUAUGGGAACUUUUGGACCAGAUCUGUACAAUAUCGUCUGCCGAUUCGUCCCUCAGCUGCGGUUCGGUAAGCAGCCCCCCGUGCGGGACCUGAUUCACGACUUUACCGGUUCCGUUCGCGAGGGUGAGAUGAUGCUUGUCCUGGGCCGCCCUGGAGCUGGUUGCUCAACCUUUCUCAAGGCGAUUGCCAACGACCGCGGUGCUUUCGCCGCCGUCGAAGGCGAGGUCAGCUACGGUGGGCUUUCUGCCGCUGAGCAGGAUAAGCACUUCCGUGGCGAGGUCAACUACAACCAGGAAGAUGACCAGCAUUUUCCUAACCUUACUGUUUGGCAGACUCUCAAGUUCUCUCUUAUCAACAAGACCAAGAAGCACGACAAGGAGAGCAUUCCGGUUAUCAUCGAUGCACUGCUGAAGAUGUUUGGUAUUUCGCACACGAAGAACACAGUUGUUGGUAACGAAUUUGUUCGUGGAGUCUCUGGUGGUGAGAGGAAGCGUGUCAGUAUUGCGGAGACUCUUGCUACCAAGUCUUCCGUUGUGUGCUGGGACAACAGUACGCGUGGUUUGGACGCUUCGACUGCUCUGGAUUACGCCAAGUCCCUCCGCAUCAUGACCGAUGUCAGCAAGCGCACGACUCUGGUCACCCUGUAUCAAGCGGGAGAGAGCAUCUACGAGCUCAUGGACAAGGUGUUGGUUAUUGACUCUGGCCGCAUGCUGUUCCAGGGCCCUGCCCAUCUCGCUCGGCAGUACUUUAUCAAUCUUGGUUUCUACUGCCCCGAGCAGUCCACUACCGCCGAUUUCCUGACCUCGCUGUGCGACCCCAACGCCCGUCAAUUCCAGCCUGGCCGUGAAGCGUCUACGCCAAAGACUCCCGAGGAGCUCGAGGCAGCGUUUAGACAGAGUGACUUUUACAAGCGCAUCGGGCAGGAGGUCCAGAACUAUGAGAAGCGCCUCCACGACACCAACUGCGAGGACACUGAGCGCUUCCAGAAGACUGUUCGCCAGGGCAAGAGUAAGACCGUCUCAAAAAAGUCUCCCUACACCGUUUCCUUUGCUCGUCAGGUUGCAGCUUGCGUCCGUCGUGAAUUUUGGCUGUUAUGGGGCGACAAGACCUCCCUCUACACCAAAUAUUUUAUUAUCGUUUCCAACGCCCUGAUCGUCGCAUCCCUGUUCUAUGGUGAAUCGAUGAACACUUCCGGAGCUUUUCCCCGUGGCGGUGCCCUUUUCUUCUCAAUCCUGUUCCUUGGCUGGCUGCAGUUGACCGAGUUGAUGCCGGCUGUUUCGGGACGAGCUAUUGUUGCGCGACACAAGGACUACGCCUUCUACCGCCCAUCUGCUGUUGCCAUUGCCCGUGUGGUGGUUGACUUCCCGGCCAUCUUUUGCAUGACCGUGCCGUUUACCAUCAUUUUGUACUUCCUUGCUGGUCUUGACGUUACAGCGUCCAAGUUCUGGAUCUACUUCCUAUUCGUCUACACCACUACGUUCUGUAUCACCUCGAUGUACCGCAUGUUCGCCGCGCUGUCACCGUCCAUCGACGACGCCGUCCGAUUCGCUGGUAUCGCCUUGAACGUUCUGGUGCUGUUCGUUGGUUACGUUAUUCCGAAGCAAGGCCUGAUUGACGGUUCGAUUUGGUUCGGCUGGCUGUUCUACGUCAACCCACUCUCUUACAGUUACGAGGCCGUCCUAACCAACGAGUUCUCCGACCGAGUCAUGCAAUGUGAUUCCUCAAUGUUGGUCCCGCAAGGUCCUGGUGUUGAUCCUCAGUACCAAGGGUGUGCCCUCACUGGAUCCCACCUCGGCUCGACAGACGUUUCUGGCGCCGAUUACCUCGCCACUUCGUUCCAGUUCGUGCGCAGCCACCUCUGGCGGAACUUUGGUGUCGUCAUUGCCUUUACUGUCCUGUACAUUCUGGUUACCGUCAUUGCUACCGAGACACUCUCCUUUGUUGGCGGUGGUGAUGGCGCCCUGGUCUUCAAGAAAUCCAAGCGGGCCAAGCAGAUCAAGGCUGCGGCGGAGAAGCCCAAGGACGAGGAAACUGCUCAGACCGGAGAUGGCUCCUUGACCCAGUCUGGCUCCGAGAACGCUCAGGCUGCCUUCAACCGCAUCUCGUCCAGCGAGCGUGUCUUCACCUGGAACAACGUCGAAUACACGGUGCCCUAUGGAAAUGGAACUCGGAAACUUCUUAACGGCGUCAGCGGUUACGCAAAGCCAGGACUCAUGAUCGCGCUUAUGGGCGCCUCCGGUGCAGGUAAGACUACUUUGCUGAACACCCUCGCUCAGCGCCAGACGACUGGUGUGAUCGGCGGAGACAUGCUGGUGGAUGGUCGUCCCCUUGGAACCGAUUUCCAGCGAGGUACUGGUUUCUGCGAACAGAUGGACCUGCACGACAACACUGCUACCAUUCGCGAGGCUCUUGAGUUCUCUGCCCUGCUCCGUCAGGACCGCAACGUUCCUCGUUCAGAGAAGAUUGCCUACGUCAACCAGAUUAUCGAUCUCUUGGAACUCGAGGAGAUCCAGGAUGCCAUUAUUGGAUCGCUCAACGUCGAGCAGAAGAAGCGUGUCACCAUCGGUGUAGAACUCGCCGCAAAGCCCAGUCUGCUGCUCUUCCUUGACGAACCUACUUCCGGUCUUGACAGUCAGGCUGCGUUCUCAAUCGUGCGCUUCCUGAAGAAGCUUUCGCAAGCCGGCCAGGCCAUUGUCUGCACGAUUCAUCAGCCCUCCUCCAUGCUCAUCCAGCAGUUCGACAUGAUCCUAGCCUUGAACCCCGGUGGUAACACCUUCUACUUUGGCGCCGUCGGCCCCGACGGUCGCGACGUGAUCAAGUACUUUGCCGACCGCGGCGCCGUCUGCCCUCCAGCCAAGAACGUCGCCGAGUUCAUCCUCGAAACCGCCGCCAAACCCAUCAAACGCGAAGGCAAGACCAUUGACUGGAACGAAGAAUGGCGCAUCUCUUCCCAACGCCAGGAAAUUCAGGACGAAAUCGAGCGCAUCCACAACACCCGCCGCGACGCCACAGCCUCUGAAGACCAAGGACCCCAGUAUGAGUUUGCGGCGUCGACCUUUACCCAAAGCUACCUCCUCACCAAGCGCGUCUUCACCCAGUACUGGCGCGACCCGUCCUACUACUACGGCAAACUCUUCACCUCCGUCAUCAUUGGUAUCUUCAACGGCUUCACCUUCUGGCAACUCGAUAACUCCAUCGCCUCCAUGCAAAACCGCAUGUUCUCCCUCUUCCUGGUCAUUCUCCUUCCGCCUAUCUUCCUCAACUCCAUUCUCCCCAAAUUCUACAUGAACCGCGCCCUUUGGGAAGCCCGCGAAUACCCAUCUCGCAUCUACGGCUGGGUCGCCUUCUGCACGGCUAACGUCCUCGGCGAAAUUCCCAUGGCCAUCGUCUCCUCAGUCGUCUACUUCCUCCUCUGGUACUUCGCCGUUGGAUUCCCCACGGACUCUAGCGCCUCAGGCUACGUCUUCCUCAUGACAAUGCUCUUCUUCCUCUUCCAGGCUUCAUGGGGACAAUGGAUCUGCGCCUUCGCCCCCUCAUUCACCGUCAUCUCGAACAUCCUCCCCUUCUUCUUCGUCGUCACAGGUCUCUUCAACGGUGUCGUCCGCCCCUACGACGACUACCCCGUCUUCUGGAAAUACUGGAUGUACUACGUCAACCCCGUGACCUGGUGGAUCCGCGGUACUAUCUCCGCCGUGUUCCCCUCGGUUGAGAUCUCCUGCGCUUCUACGGAGAGCACACACUUCAACCCGCCCCCCGGAUCGACCUGCGCCGACUACGCGUCCAACUUUGUUAGCAAUGUCGCCGGCGUUGGAAGACUCGUUAACCCCGAUGCUACUUCGGAUUGCCAGUAUUGUCCGUAUGCUGAUGGCACGGAGUACAUGCAUACCCUGAACGUCAAGGAUAACGACAAGUGGAGGUCUUUCGGGAUCUACCUGGCCUUUGUCAUUGUCAACUGGCUGCUUGUUUACUUCUUUAUCUACACGGUACGAGUCAAGAGGUGGUCGUUUGGUAUGGGAUAUCUCUUCUCGGGUUUGGGGGCUGUUGGGUCUUCUGUUAAGAAGGUCUUUUCGAAGAAGAACUAA